AUGAACCCUCUUCCGGGACGGGGAGUUGCACCCGGAAGUGCGCUGGCUUGUUGGAUGGGGGCAGAGGGGAUGGCGGCUGUCACCGUGGGUCCCGGGGUACCUCCUCCCGCCCCUAGGCCGGGACUGGGACCGGGGCCGGCGGAGGGGGCGGACGCUCUUUUCGUGGCAUUAAGCGCCGGUUUUACGGCCUUGAGCCACCCGCUGCUCUAUGUGAAGCUCUUGGUGCAGGUUGGACAUGAGCCUCUACCUCCAACAGUUGGGAGAAACUUAUUGGGGAGAAAAGUACUUUACCUACCUGGGUUUUUUACAUAUGCCAGACACGUUGUGGAAGUAGAUGGGAAAAGGGGCCUUUUCCGUGGCCUUGUUCCUCGCAUCAUCUCUAGCACUUUAUCCACUGUAAGCCGAGGGCGAGUAAAGAAGGCCUUUCCUUUGGAGGAUAUGGAACAUGUUUCUAACAAGGAUGAUGUGAAAACAUCCCUCAGGAAAGUGGCGAAAGAGACUUCCCAUGAGAUGAUGAUGCAGUGUGUAUCCAGGGUUAUCUCUCAUCCAUUGCAUGUGAUCUCUGUGCGCUGGAUGGUCCAGUUCGUAGGACGCGAAGUUAAAUACAGAGGUGUCUUUAGCUCCAUUGGGACAAUUUGGAAAGAAGAAGGGCUCCUGGGAUUCUUUGUAGGUUUAGUUCCUCAUGUCCUAGGUGAUGUUAUUUUUCUAUGGUGCUGCAACCUUCUGGCUCAUUUUAUCAACACCUAUGCAGUGGAUGACAACUUCAGCCAGGCCUCCGUGAUCCGGAGCUACACCAAGUUUGUGAUGGGGAUUGCUGUGAGCAUGCUGACGUACCCUUUUCUUCUUGUGGGAGAUCUCAUGGCAGUGAACAACUGUGGGUUACUUGCUGGCCUCCCUCCAUAUGCUCCUGUGUUUUCCUCUUGGAUCCAUUGCUGGAGACACCUCAGUGCUCAGGGGCAGCUCUUCAGAGGCUCCAGCCUGCUUUUUCGUAGAGCAUCCACACCAGCAACCUUUCUUAUUGAUUAAUCACAUCUGGGAAAAAGAGGCCAACCUAAACUCUUGUAGAAGACACCCUAAAAGCUCGCUCUGACAUUUGCUUUUAAUUUUGAAGUCAAAGGCGAAAGAGACGGAGCAUCCUUUCCCCCAGCAUGUUGGACAAGGGUGGCAUAAGUUGCCAGAUGAUCCCGGCUGUCAGAGAAAGGGAGCAGCUUUUCUGUGCUGGUCAAGUCUUAAGUCAAAAAGGGGCAACCAACCAGGGGAAGGUUAUAGCUUCUGCUGGUCUAGCUUGCAUGUGGCUUUCAGGGACCGGAACACACUAAAUAGCUGGUUUUUAUCUUUCCCUGAACCGCCUAAAUCAGACAAGAUCCAAGUUGGUUGCAGUCUCUCCUUUUUGGUGCCGUUGUUAGACAGAUAGGGGGGAAAGGGAAAGCUCUGUCAGCUAUGGCCUCUGCCUCAUUGGCUAUCCUGUAUGUUAAAUCCUAUUUAUGUUGGAAUUCCCAACAGUGGCACUUAUAAACCUGAGCUUUAAUUUACCAUAACAUCUCCAGGCAGCCUGUCUUCCACCACCUGGAUUUUUCUACGGGAUGCUCUCGAGUCAAAUGUUUGGCACAUAAUACAAAGUCAUUUUAUCUGGGGUUUAAACAACCCACAGUCCUGAACACUUGAAGGGGAUGUUGAGCCUGGGGUGUGUGAGGAGGGUGGGGCUGUUUCCUAAGGGAACAUAAUUAGAAGUAUCUUAUUUUUAUUAUUGCAUUUAUAUCCCGCCUUUUUUCCUCCAAGAAACCCAAGGCGGCGUACAUAAUCCUCCUCUUCUCCAUUUUAUCCUCACAACAACAACCCUGUGAGGUAGGCUGGGCUGAGAGUCUGUGACUGGCCCAAAGUCACCCAGUGGGUUUCCAUAGCUGAGUGGGGACUAUAACCCAGAUCUCCCGACUCAUAGUCCAACGCUUUAGCCACUACACCACACCGGCUCACUUAAGAUUUGAGCUGAGUAUUUGCUCACUAGUUUGAUGUUGAUGAAAAACAGAUAAUACUAUUAGGGUUUUGCACUCGAAGGGUCAUGUGUGUAAUACCACAUGCACACUAGGGCUUUUUUGCCUCUCAUGCCACACUGCACAAAGCCACUCCUGAAGGCCAGGGAACCACCUGGGAUGGGAUUCAAAAUACAGCAGAAGGGGAGGGAGCUGGAAGUGAAAUUGCAACCAUCCUAUGUGCAAGGGUGAAAGUGCUCUCUUCUCAAGCACCUGGGUAAGGCCAAAGUAAAAUUGUAUGUCAGCAGAGUGAUAGAAUGUUCUCUCUGGAACACAACUCAAAUGUGCUGUACUGACUUGGGUGUAAGUAAACUGUCAAACAUGCUGUUACAGGCGUAUUUCCGCCCAGGGAGCUUUGAACCAGCCAGAGAGCUUCAGCUAUUGGGCAGUAUAGAAAUGUAAUAAAAAUAAAAUUCUCCAGAUCAGAUCAGCACUGUUCCACCACUGUGGGAUAAUAUUGUGCAACAGUGGCCAUGGCUAAGGCUGCCUUUUAUCAUGUGAAUGGGGUGCUCAUUGGACCAUGGUUAGCUUUUCUAAAAGCUUCUUUAGAUCAAGUGAGUUGGUUCUGCUUAACAUGAAGACUUUCUUUAGAUUUGAGGAUCCGUUCCCACAACCCAUUAGUGGUUCUCAUGUGAACACUUCACCACAAGCAUGGCUGAUGGUAAAACAAAGGCUUUACUGCCACCUCCCCUCCCCUGCCGCCAGUUCAGCAACUUUGCAGUGGCAUAGUAAAAGGGGAUUAUCUUCUUAGCAAAGUAUCCAUGUUACCAACUAAUCAGUCCUUUCUCCUUAAGGCAUAUUUCAAGGGUAAGCAGUCUGGUGGUCUCCAGAUGUGUUGGACUACGACUCCCAUAAUCAAUUGGCCGUGUUGGAGAGCACCAGGUCACCUAUCCCUAUUGUCCUCACACCUUUUAGUCAUGUGACUUGGCCCUAAGCUGAGUCAAAGGAGGACCAAACACUCUUUAAAUGAAUGCGGUUGUACAGAUGUCUUCAGCUCUGCCCCUUUAAACAGCUAGAUCAUGUAUGGCACAACAGUAUAAGAAAAUUCUGUUUAUCUGUGAACUGCAUUAAUGCAAUAUUUCACAUCAAUGAAGGAUUAGUUGAAAUAUUUUGGCUCAACUUUUUAAUGCAACGAUUAGGGUUGGAUCCAAUGCUGUCUUUCUGCUGACAGAAGCCAUUCUGGUCUCACCUCUCCCCACCUGCAAAAGGGCUGGGAAGCCCUCCAGAGUAGAUUUUUAGGUGGCGUUGAGGGCUGCAAGGAGGAGGAGAGAGUGGGGAAGCCCUAUUGUCCUAAUGACCCUCCCUUAGUGUUUGAUAUCGGGCAACUUUGGGAAGAGGGAGUGGAAAUCUAGUACUGGGAUUCCAAAGCCCACUAGUUCUUUGUGCAGUGAUAGUAAUUGGAGUCCAUCUGUUACCCAGUUGUUGUUUUGUUUCUAUCCAGUGCUGCUGUAAAUUUCCCACUCACUCUCCCACCCACUAUUGUGUUCUUUGUGUUAAUGUGCACGUGUAUAUGUGUUACUCAGUGAUUCCAAAUGCCGUUGUAUUGGCUUCAGCAGAACCUGGAAGUGCUUUCUGGGUCAGGAGCCAAGUGUAUUGAUUUUGUAACAUUUCAUACACUGAACCGUGAUACGUCUGCCUUGUGAUUUCUCCCUCUGCAUCCUUGAUGAACCCAAGGAAGAACCUGUCCUCUGCCUCUUGCAUCUGAGGAGCUGCAGGGAUUCCUCACAGGGAUGAGGUCAUUUGACUUUCAGAUCUAGUGUCCCCAGUCAUUUACUUCUGGUCAUGGUUAUUUGAACAGAUACCCCUGGAGAAGUCAUCUGCAUGGUAAUACAUACAUGUAUUGGACAAAGUGUGCUCUUGUGGUACCUAGAAUGAGAGCUGCCUCUUUAAGCCCUGGACUCUGCCAUGACUCUAAUGCAGAGCUGACGUUAAAGGCAAAUGCAUGGUCUGUUUUUGUACCUGUUAAUUCCAAGCUGACAUGAUUACACUUUGAAAUAAAACUGUGGAAAAAAUGA